AUGGCGGCCACAGUCGAAAUAAACGAUGCUAUUUGUUGCGAGCUUCAUACACAAGAAGUGUGCGAGGACUGCGACUAUGAUGGUCGCGAGGAAAAUGAUGCAUUCUAUGGUAUCUCUCUUGCGAAUGGAACUCUGACUUGGGUUGCCAAUGUUUUCAAGCUUGCACUAAGUGCUUCAACUGGAAGAAGCAGAUAA